AUGAGUUCAACCAAGAAGAUCAGUCGCAAGUUGAGCGCUGUCGAGCAAAAGCUUCAUCAAGCAUCGCUCGCAGCACCAAACAAAACGAUCACCCCUGAAGAUCUCACAAAGCUUGCAGGAGAUGCUAGUACUGGAACGGCGGCGAUCAACUUUCUCUUGAGUGUGGGCAUGCUGAAAGCCCAGAAUGACUCAAGAGGAAGGCUGUCUUUCCGUGCAGUAGCCAAGGGGGAAAUGGAACAGUGCAAGGAUAUGUCUGGCGAGGAAAGUAUGGUUUUGAGCCAUAUUCAGGCUGCAGGAAACGAAGGCAUAUGGACCAAGCAUAUCAAAGCGAAGACAGAGCUUCAUCAAACUGUCAUAGACCGCUGCCUCAAGUCGCUAACGCAGAAGCAGCUCAUCAAAUCCAUCAAAUCCGUAAAGCACCCAACACGCAAGCUUUACAUGCUUUAUCACCUCGAACCUUCCGUUGAGCUCACCGGUGGGCCGUGGUACACUGACAAUGAACUCGACACCGAGUUUAUCAAGCUGCUCUCCUCCGCUUGCCUGAGAUUCAUCAAGGAUAGGGUGGGUCAGAACGUAUUCCCUGAUAUGUUGCUGCUCAUUGCUUCCACCAGAGCUUCCCGAAGACGAAACAUUCCUCGGAGCCACCUCAUUCGCAGCCAAUAUACCCGAUCGGAGGCGCGCCCUCGUAUCCGUCGACUCAACAGGUAUUUACAGGAUAUGACUUCAUAG